CUUCAGACUCCGAAGAUAAGAUAUAUGCGUGCUGCGAUGAGAUUUUCGCUGAUCUGUUGUUGCGUCUUAGUCUUCGCCGCAGUUGCGCUGGGCGAGAAGGCGGAAGAGAAGUCCGACAAGAAGCAGACGAAACGCGGUUUGCUCACCCUCGGUUACGGCUACGGCGGCGAUUACGACAAUGGGUACCAUCUGGGGCAAGGCGGGUACGGCAUAGAAGGCGGAUACACGUUAGGACAUCACGCGAUUCCGUUGGGACAUUCGACGGCGGUCGAGAAGAUCAUCACCUUGUUCAAAGGAGUGCCUUUACCGUAUCCGGUCGAGAAGCAUAUACCGUAUCCGGUGGAGAAACGCAUACCUUAUCCGGUGAAGGUGCCGGUACCGCAACCGUACCCAGUCGAGAAGCACAUCCAUGUACCUGUUAAGGUUCCCGUUAAAGUAGCAGUACCCGUACCGCAACCGUACCCCGUCGAGAAGAUCGUCCACGUACCGUACAAGGUUUACGUCGAGAGGCCGUACCCUGUCAAGGUUCUGGUACCGCAACCGUAUCCAGUCGAGAAGCACAUCCAUGUACCUGUUAAAGUACCUGUACCGCAACCGUAUCCUGUGGAGAAGCAAGUACCGUACCCGGUCAAGGUACCAGUCCAUAUUCCUCAACCGUACCCGGUCAUCAAGCACGUGCCAUACCCAGUCAAGGUACCUGUAGAUCGUCCGUAUCCAGUCCACGUACCGCAACCGUACCCGGUGCACAUCGAGAAGCAAGUGCACGUCCCCGUUCAAGUACCUGUUAGGGUACCAGUCAAGGUAGCAGUCGACAGGCCAGUACCUUACCCAGUCGAGAAACCGUACCCGGUCCCAGUUAAGGUACCUGUACCCGCACCGUACCCCGUCUACAAGGAAGUACCGUACCCGGUCGAGAAACCCGUACCGUACCCGGUGAAAAUCGCCGUCGACAGGCCAGUCCCGUACCCGGUGGAGAAACACGUCCCGUACCCGGUGGCGAAGCCAGUACCGUAUCCAGUCAAAGUGCCCGUCGCAGUCCCCGUUUACAGCCACGGAGGCGGUCACGGAGGAGGCUACGACUCUUAUAGUCUAGGAGGCGGUGGCGGCGGAUACGGAGGCGGACAUUACGCCACCUACAGCCACGGUGGUGGACACUACUAA